AGUAGGAGGAGAGUGAUGAUAAUUAGACUGGGCUGCAUCACCUCUUCCCCGGAUGGAUGACUUCAUUCUUCCGCCUGGGUUUCCUUUAUGUUGGUGCUGGGGUCCCCGGCUCUCUCCAGAGCUCUGCAAACACGCUCACAAGGCAGCACCUCAACACCGCCGGCAGAGCCUAGACAAGCGCCCGGCCACUGACAGGAUUACCCGGAGAAGUGCCGCUGCAGCCCCACUGGCGUGAGCCACCUUCAACCGGUGUUUUAUUGUUUUCUCUCUCUGGGAGCUGUUUUUUUUUUCUCUUUCUUUCUCCGUAUCUCUUGUUGCCGCUUGGUUUCAGCUCUUUCCGUUCUUGGAGGCGCUAUGUCGGAGAUACUGCCCUACAGCGAAGAGAAGAUGGCUCAUUUUGGCAGCGAGAAUGAAGUCAGUCAGCUCUCUUUCAGCUGUCGCCUCCAGGACACCAACACCUUCUUCGGGGGCUCCCAGGCCAAGAGACCCCCAAAACUGGGACAGAUUGGCAGAGCCAAGCGAGUUGUUAUCGAAGACGACAGAAUAGAUGAUGUUCUGAAGGGGAGGGGAGACAAAACCUCGUCUGGAGUGUAAGCUGAAAGAGCGCUACCCUGACUCCCAAACUUUUGAAAGCACUUUGGGGCUGUGCAUGCGUUUAUGGAUUGUCCAGAGAGAUUUUGGGUCUUGCUGACGAAUCUCCAAUCCGAACAAAUGCACACAAAUUGAGGAGCUGUGAAUAUCAGCACCAUUGUCCAAGGCACACACCGAUCAAGUAGCUGUCCAUUUCAGAAUUUCAGACCAAGCGAACGCACAGAAAUGGAGCCACCAGGUCAACCCAACACCGUCUUCUCUAAGCCAAUGCACCGAGAUUGGGGAGCUGUGCAUUUCCGACUUUACCACAGACUUUACCACGAACACUCCCGAAAUCGGAGACAAUGGCAGUCAGCAAAACCGACUCGAUGGCGGAAAGGAUGAAAGCAAAAGACAACGGGCGGAAAGGAAGGAUUUUUUUUGCAUCAAAAUAAAAAUAAAAAAAUUAAUUCAUCUUGUUGCAUGAGCUUCCGGUCACAGUGCCAAUAUUGAUGCCAACAGUCAUUAACAGUUUGGCACGCUUCUUUCUAAUGGAAUUCUUCGUACUUGUAUUUUUAUAUCUAAAUCUUUGUAAAACAAAUGCUAGUCUAUGUAUUGUAUUGCAUUAAAAAUGUUUGUAUUUUUGGUAAGGAUGUAUAGACCGGAUCCAUUGACUUGAAAGACUGAUUGACUUUGGUCUAACCUGUAUCAGUAUUGGAAAGAGACUUAUUGAAUGUUAUUGAUGAACCUCCUAGUCUUUUAUUUGUUUCUUUAAUUUAUUUUUAUUUGCAAACAUCAAUGCUAAAAUCUGUAUUUAAAAAUAUAUAUAUAUAUAUAUAUAUAGUGAAUAAGCAUUGCUGGAUGGAUUUGUGAAAUUUAAAGGUUUAAGGAAUACUAAUGCACUGUUUAAGAAGUUUAAACUAAUGCGCUGUUAACAUUAACUAUUCUCUUUUUUGGACUCUUUUGAAGCUGUGUUUUUUAAUUUAAUUUUGUAACCUUUUAUGAAGCUUAUUCUCGUUAUCUGUGCAUGUUUACAUGAUGCGUAAUUUUAAACGAAGAUAUCAUUCCAAGGUAUAUAAGAGCAAAAAAAAAUUGUAAUGACAUUCUAAGAAUGAAUCAUUGUACAUUUUAUGACCAUUUUCACUGUACUUGGUGAAUAAAUAAAUGGUUAAAGGCUGUA